AGGAAAAGAACGAGCAUAAAGUCGACAAGGAAGAAAAAAAAACCCCCGCGUCAGGUAGAAAGGCUAAAAAAUCGGCUGUCGGGGUCGCCGCUACGAGACGUCGGAGGGCCAAGAGCAAACGCAGUGUAUCCGACAUUUUCUCUUAACCGUUGCACGGACUAGGAAUUUUCAGUGAGGAGAGGGGAUAAGCAUGUCCUUUCUUCACACUCACUCGAGCGAGUGCCUAAAGAGCGAACUCGAUCUCUUUUCUUUACCCCCCACGCAAACCAGCAUCGAAAAUUCACAAUGGAUUUAUUACAAACCCGUAACAUCGCUAGCGGACGACACGCCUAUAGAAUUCGUCAUACCCGAUCACGGGGAAGACUACCUCGAUCUCACUCACACUAUGCUGAGUCUUCGCAUACGCGUAGAUUCUUCCCCUCUAGCGGGCGGAGGAGGAGUCGCCGGUACAGCCGGCACCGUCGAGUACAAAGCAGGCCCCGUAAAUCAUUUAUUACACUCCAUGUUCAAUCAAAUCGACGUGUACUUCAAUCAAAAGCUCGUGUCACCCCCAAACAACGCUUACGCAUACCGCGCGUACAUCGAGGCGCUAUUAAACUAUUCUUCACCCGCGAAAACGUCCCAUCUAACCGCCAGUCUGUGGGAGGCGGAUACACCCGGUUUAAUGGACGCGCUCCUAGACUCGACCACCCCAAAUCAGGCUCUCGUGAAACGCUCUAGUUUCAUUCAAAACGACCACGCGUUAGAUCUCCUAGGCCAUCUUCACUGCGAUGUUUUUAAUCAGGAUAAAUUCUUAAUUAACGGAGUGGAAGUUAGAAUGAGACUCGUUCGCUCGAAAGAUUCGUUCUGUCUCAUGGAGAGUAAUUCGUUGUCGAAAAUACACAUUCUAGACGCCAGUCUGCUCGUGAGAAGGGCGAAAAUAAGACCCGGUGUGUUACUCGCGCACGCGAGAAUGCUGAGCAAAACCACCGCCAAAUAUCAUCUCACGAGAGUCGAAGUCAGAACAUUCACGAUUCACGCGGGACUCGUAGGAGAAUCGAUAGACAACGUAAUACUGGGACAGCUACCGAAACGCAUAAUAGUCGGUUUCGUCGAUAACAGAGCGUUUAACGGCGACAGAAAAUUAAAUCCGUUUAAUUUCAAAAACUAUGGUAUCAAUUUCUUUUCGCUGUACGUCGACGGUAUGCAAAUCCCCAGUAGACCGCUACAACCAAAUUUCUCGAAAGACGAACCGCUCUACGUCGAGGCUUAUCACACCCUCUUCUCCGGAACAGGCAUUCACUUUUUGAACGAGGGUAAUUCUAUAAACAGAGAGGAUUACGCCGAAGGAUACACGCUUUUCGCUUUCGAUCUUACUCCCGACUUGUCGGCCAAUUGCGCCGGACAUUGGAAUCUCGUGAAACACGGCAGUUUACGAUUAGAAGUACGCUUUGAAAAGCCACCAACCACGACCAUUAAUUGCAUCGUUUAUGCAGAAUUCGAUAACAUGCUCGAAAUCGACUCCUCUCGACAAAUCAUCGUCGACUUCGCCGGCUAAAUCCCUACGCCGACAA